CUCACCUCACCAACAACCAACCCCCAUUUUCACCCACGCCCACCACGGGCACAAGGGUCGGCUCUUCUCACUAUCUCCCACUAUCACAAUCUAGACCUCCCUCUUUUGGAAAAUCACAGGCUUCCAAUAUUUCUCUAAUCUUCUAAUCCCGAAGCUUGAAGUUCUUGGUAUCUCUUGUUCGACAGCUGUUUCGGCACCCGCCUGUACCCGAGGUGCUGCCCCCGUUUCCACAGUUAUCAUAUCUCCACUACCGUCGUUCUCGAGUCUGGACUUUCGGGCUCGGCUCCAACUCCGUCGAAAUCCACUCAAACCUCACAUGCCAACCACCCCAUUGAAGAACAGAGUCACAACGACAAGACAGAUCUGCAGACUGCAGCCGACCCUCCUUCCCAUAUGCGUCUUCUUCACCCUUAUGUCCUUCCUGCAAGGCCGGGGUUGCUUGCUGCUUCUGAUCUCCGAACUUGAACAGGGUCGCACCGGAGCAGACCAAAUGCUUGUGAUAAAGCUGCGGAGGAGCUACAAUAAACGAUCAAAGCGCUACUCUCCACAUCAAGCCACUAGUCCUCUUUCGCCAUUCAGUUCGUGAAGGGCUUGCUUCUCGAUAGCGUCUUUUGCAAAUCACGAAGGCCCUGUUGGAUUGCGCUCGGACGCUCGGAUCUUGGUAGCGAUACAUCGCCCAUCUCGUUCUCUCACAAAGCGCACCUGUAAGGGCACAACAUCGCAAUCGGUACGCAGCUUCCUGUAACCAUAUUCAGCUGCUCGCUUCUGGACCCUCCUCUCCCCCCUCAACCACCCCCGUUUCCACAGCUCCGUCUUUGGGCAUGAUGGGCAGGGCGAGAAGCUGGGUGUUUGGGCCUCUCCACGUUUUCCAGGGGUUACUGUGUCACGCUCACUGUCACCCAAGCUAGCCCGAGGCCAUGGCUUUCUCAAUUUAUCCAUAAGAUCCCCCUCCUUGGCGUCGCCCUGUCUGCAUGAUAACGCGUCUUGAUCCCCAGUCUCAACCUUGGUCCUGGUGUUUGUUUCUUCUUUUUCUCCAUUCCUGUGCAACCUCCAACCCCUUGACAUACCCGGCGCUGCCGACAACACCCUCAAGAUGGCUCAACUGCCCUCCGAGGUCAUGGGCCAGUGUGUUGCUAUUCUUCUCUACAGCUGGUUUUGCCUGGCCGUCGGCUUGUUCUUGCUGUGGAUCGUGUGGGUUCAUGAUGAGCGCACGAGCUAUGUCAUCAUGCUGGGGUCUUUCAUGGUCUUGCACACAUUUACCUCAAUCAUCCAGCAAAUACACACCAUCACCUGGUGGAACGAUAUCAAGAUAGCACAAUGGCAGAAUGUCGUUGCCAAUGUGGGGAAUCCUGAGCUCAACAUCACGGGUGCAUCAACCGGUCUGGAUUUAGUGCUGUUUUACAUUCAGUACUAUUGCUACAAUGUAGAAUCACUACUCGUUGUCUUUUGGGCUGUAGAGCUGGCCAACAGUAUCUUCCAGCUACGCAUCACCAAAAUGUACCGGUUCCACGCCUCUCUGAUUGCCAAGGGUACUGCGGCCGUGAUUCCGGCCGUGUUUAUGGUUUUGCUUCGGUUCAGCAAGAUUCAGGCCAGUACCGUCGGGUUCCUAAUCUUGUCCAGCGGAAUCAUGAUCGCUUGCUUCCUGGCCGGCAGCUUGAUCUUGUUGUCGAUUCUUGGCAAAUACAUUCACUCGCGGGUAAUGGUGUUGUCAUGGGACGUUCGGUAUGGGCGCUCAACGAACACUGGUGGAGGCACCUCGGAUGGAACGAAUCCAACCAGUAGCUCGCAGCCGAAGCCUCCGUUGCCGAAGAGGAAGAAUAUCUACGACAGGUGGUUGGUGUUGCGGUUCACCGUUGCUUUCAUCGCCUUGAGCCUUUUUCAACUCGUCGUUGUCAUGUUCCAGCUCCGAGCUUCACAGACCAACUCGGUCGAAAAUGUCCCGGCAGAGCCGGACCUGAGUGCCGGGAGAGCCGUUACCGACUUUAUUCUUUACAUCCCUGGAGUUACGGCGCCGGUACUGGCUUAUUUGGUGUUUGGAACAACGAGGACCUUUCGAGAUUAUGCCUGGUCCGUACUUGCGCCGCGGUGGUUGCUGGCGAAGCGAGAGGCACGCAAGCAGGCCAGGAAGAAGCCCAGCGUCGUGAUCGGUGCGAGGGACUUGGCCAUCAUCAGCCAGGAGCAGGCAAACAAAGCGGGCCGUGAUUUGGAAUCAGGACUUUGUCAUUACGAGGUCAGCGUCACUGCCGGGAGGGAUAGGGCGAACAGCAACGCUGGGAGGGAUAGGGCGUAUAGCAAUGCUGGGAGGAUGAGGGGGAACAGCAUAAGGCUGCAGAACCUCAAUUCUUCCCACAACCACAUUGUGGGUGCGAUGAAGGAUAAGGACUCGGAUGAGGAUGAAUGGCCGAUUAUGAAGCAUGAGUCCAUUCAGGUCACGACCGAAAUCGACCGAAGCUCUGGCCACUCUAGUCAGUGGAAGGAUAUGAUGGACAAGGAUCGGAGGAUAUGA